GCGUUUCAUUAUCAACCACAGCCACGCAAUUGGGCCCUCCUUGAAAAUCAUGGCAUUUGCAUUGGAUCCUCGGUAACGGAAGACAAUUUAAAAACAACUCCAUUACCUAAAUCGGGGUAGCAUGGGCUUGAGUGGGGAAUGAACGCAUGCCGUCUUCAUUUCAAGGAGUAAAGGAAGGAGAAGGAGAGAUUCUUCAAAGUGAUGAUGCUUGUGACGUCACUUGCCCGCAAAUGGUCAAUACCUUACCCGAGAAGAACAGUAUUAAGCUCGUGAACUGAUCUUUUCCCCUGCAGCUGUUCCUUUCCUUUCUUUUCCUCUUUCAUCUCUGUAUCGAAUCCUUCGUGUCUCUCGAUUUCUCGACAUUAAAGCUUCACUCUCCCAUACGAAUCAUCACAUAACCUUUAUACCAACAAGAUGAUGUCAGCUCGAUCCGUGAUGGCCCUGCGCACUGCGCACACCAGCAAGAUCAUCUUCGGACGAGGUUUCUUUACUACAUCAACACGUCUCGGUCUCAAGGAGUCAUCCACCCAAACCGACGUCGACUACGACAAGCACAAGCAAGACUCCCUCAGGAAGCAGAAGGAGGGCAGCGGCCACUGGAAGCCUGAGCUCGCCUCAGACAGCGAGGAGGCCGUCAAGGCAGACCGAUCGGACAUUGAUCCUGCCAAGGAUAUUAAGAACCUCCAAGAGCGAACCAAGAAGGCUGCUGAGGAGACUCACAAGGCCGGUACCAGCACACGGGAUAACAUGUAAAGAACUGUUAUGAAUUGGCGAUUUGAUCAGUUGGUUUGGGAGUUAUGGUAUUGCCAGAUAGACUGGAAUGUCUCUGCAAAAUAGUUAUUAAUGAAAACUAUCCAUAAUGAUGCCUUUGAGUUCUGUCUUGUUUAUGUGUAUUCAUCCC